UGGUGAUUCCAAAAUGUUUUGCAUCCCGUCAGACAGACAGGAAGAAUGUCUGUGCAAGAACGCCCACAGGGUGUCAACCAGAAACCUGUCACAUAAAUCAAACACACACCCAUGGCCAUGACCAACUCACAACAGGCAAAGACAUGAAGUCACUCACAAGGCUGUUCCUCUUCUUUUUAUGCGUGUAUUCAGUGGACACACUGAAAUGUUAUGUGUGCAGCGCCACCAACAACAAUGAGCAGUGUAACCAGAACAGCCAAGACUGCAACCCGCCACUCGACACCUGCAUGGCCACUGUGGACACCAUGAACGAUGUGACGGCCAUCGUGAAGCAGUGUGCCAGCAGAGCGACGUGCCUGGGGGCGCAGGCCGGCGCGUCAGUGGACAACGCCGGCAACGGAAACAAGGUGUACUGCUGUAACUCACGCCUCUGCAACUACAGCGGAGCGGCCGGCCUCAGCCUGUCACGGUGGCUCCUGGUGCUGCCCACGACCGUCUGCCUGCUCAUGGCCAUUCUGAUGCACACGGACUAGGACUAGUUAAUCAUGUCGAAAAGAUCAUGCUGCAAAAGGAUCAUCUCUCACGUAAAUGUCUAUUCUUGGAAUUACUUUUCCAUGACUUCAAACAUUAAAAUAUUUAUUUAAACGCAUUUGCUUAGGAGGCAAAAAUUGGCAAGUCUUUGUUAUGUAUCUUUUUUGAGCGAAUACAUCACAAAUCCAUUCAGGGAGUCUCAGAACUGAUCAUUGUCAGCAUUUACCACUUUGUGUUUAAAUAUAACAGUGUCAACACACUGUUAACAUGUCCUUUGUUUUAUUUUAAUUCAGUUGUAGCCUGCUGCAUCCAUCCGCUUGAAGUGGCUCUUCAACAUAGCCUAUGACAGAUGGCAGAGAACUGUGUACGUUCUUAAUAGACAGGGCUGCUGACAGCUUUGGCAGGGCCCGGGACAAAAAAUAAUCUGAAAGGCCCCCUCACUCAAUACAUGCAGUCUAAUGGGGAGCCAAUUCCUGGGCAUCUCUUUCCUGGGGCCGGGACAGCACAAUUCUAUCUAAGAGCAAAGCUUGGUAUGGUUUUGUAUUAGCAAGAUGGGGAUUUAUUCCAGGUGGUGCAGGAACUGACAGAGUGAGGUCCCAUGAUCUCGAAGCCACACAGCUAAUUGGUUGAACAUGAGUCUAGUCACCACCAACAUGUGACUGUAAUAAAAAUAUAUCUCUAAUAUUUACGGUUUCCUUUUUUUAGUUUAUCUACUGCGCAUGUAUUAUUAUGUUCUGACACUGAUGUAUAUACCUAACCCACAACCCAAUCCUAUGAUACAGUGCAAGUUCAGAAUGUUACUUUCUGAAACUGUAAUGAAUGUAACAAGGACUGUAAAAUAAAGUGUAAUCCAA